AUGGCAGGCCUGCUCUAUCGCCGCGUGGCCCUCGCGGCGCUGGACGCGGGCACAGCCCUCAACGACGAGCCCGCGCUCGCCGCGCUCGCCGCCGCGCUGCCGCCGCCGGCGCCCGCCGACGCUGCGCGCCUGCGGGGCGAGGGCGUCGGCCAGGCGGCGUCCCAGGUGUCUGCGCUGCCGCGCGUGAGGGCGGCGCUGCUGGAAGCGCAGAGGGACUUUGCGCGGCGGCCGCCGGCACCGUUCAAAGGCGCCGUCCUGGACGGCCGGGACGUCGGCACUGUGGUGUGCCCCGACGCGGACGCCAAGCUCUUUGUGACGGCCAGCCUCGAGGUGCGCGCGCGGCGGCGCCUGGCAGAGCUUGUGGAGGUGGAGAGCAUGCAGCAGCAGCAGCAGCAGCAGCAGCAGCAGCAGCAGCAGCAGCAGCAGCAGCAGCAGCAGGAGGGAGGAGGGACGGCCGCGGCGGCGGCGACCCCGACCGCGGGCGGCGCCGGCGCAGGCGCCAGCGCGCCGCCUACGUAUGAGCAGGUCUUGUCAGCGAUGCGCGAGCGCGACGCCCGCGACGCGGCACGCGCUGCGGCGCCGCUGCGGCCGGCAGGGGACGCGUUGGUGCUGGAUACCACCGACCUCACCAUAGAGGGCGCCCUCGCGGCUGCCCUGGCGCACGUGGAGCGGCGCGCCAGGGCGGCCGCCGCCGCCGCCAGCAGCGCCGGGCGGGGCUUUUGA